CCCACAAAAACCUCAUUUUCCCUCAUUUUUCCUGCAUUUUUUUGUCAAAAAUACCUCAAAAAAUUCAAAAAUAUUAAACAAAAAAAUGUUUCCAUUUGCACUUUCUUCAAAAAAAAUAAUAAUAAACAAAUAGAGGACCAAAAAUGAGGUUUAUUAAAAAAAGUGUUUGUUACUCCCCCUUCUUGUAAAUAAAAAAAUGUGACUGGUUGUGACAACACAUGAGGACUAGAAAAAAAACAGAAAAAAUUAAUGAUUUUAUUUUGUGCACACGAGACUUGUUUUAUUUUUAUUUACUUAUUUUUUUCUUUUUUUAAGGGGAAAAUAGGGGAAGGAUUCUGAUUUUUCUUUAUUUUUUCCUGGUUUAUUUUUAAUUUUUUUUCCUAUUUUCCCCCUCUAAACUUGUUUUUACAACAUUCAUUUUUGCUCUAUUUUUAAUGGGAAAAUUGUCCCUAUUUUUGGUUUGGGUGCCAGUAGAGUCUGGGAACUCGGCGCAGAUAUUGUUCAACUUUCCAGACUCUAACGGACCUUUUAGGAUUCUAUUUGUAGGCUAUUGGAGUCCUAUUUUUGGUUUCGAAGCCAUUAGAGACUGGGAAAGUCAUAAAAUCGAGUAA